AGCGCAUUAACCGCGAUCGUUCUUCUCGCUCCGUAAUUUCCACGCUACCCGACUCGCAUCGCGGCGAAAUGCAGCAGUACGGGCUUCUGUCAGACGUCGGUGCAGGCGAGGAGUAGUAGAGUUAACGUCGAGAAUCGGAGUAACCAGCGAGUGACGAGGCUCCAUAACGAGAGAGGCCGAUAUAGAAAGAAAGACAGUGCGAGAGACAGAGAGAGAGAGACAACGAGACAGAGAGGGAGAGGGAGAAAGAGACGGAACGAGGCGCGACGGCGCGUGAGAGAGAGAGGAAGAAAGAGAGACGGAGAACGACGGAGCAGCGUGAGAGGAGCGAAGAUAGCCGCGAGAGAUAGACAUCGGCGGGAGAUCGACGCGACGUUGGCCGUGGAAGUAAGGUUUCGCGCCGCGCGUCGUCGUCCUAGCGCGGAGGACCGCGCGGUGGCGCGCCGCUACGUAAUACGUCGGCGACCGACGACGACGGAGAGAGCCGAGGCGCGGGAUCGCGAGGUAGCGGCCGCGUUAUAUAGGAAUCGCGGCCCGUACAAGCCGUCCCGAAAACGUCGGUUCGCCGCCACCGCCACCGCCACCGCCACGACGUUGGCACGCACCCCUCGUCGCUCGCCAGCAGCGCUCCGCAGCGUCGCCCUUCCCCCGCCGCCGUUCAUUGGCUGACGGUACCGCGCUUUGGAAACCGCUCGCGGCCGCCGCUGCCGCAUCGCCGUGACAGCAGCGCGAGGAGGAAGCUAGGCCGUCGUCGCCGAGAGAGUGCGCGUCAGUGUGUCGGAAAAGAGGGUGGUGUCGCGUACGACGACGACAACGACGUGAAAGUGGCCUCCUCUUCCUCCUCCGUGGAGAAGGUGUUGCUCGCGCGACGAACACGGUGCGGAUCGACCCGGGGGGGGACACUCGUCGCGUCGGUGGUGUCGCUGCGCGCGUCUCGCGAGAAUUAUAGGAAGAUAAAAAAGUCAUCCGUGUGAAAUUAGUGUCGUCCGCGGUUUCGCGCUGCUUCUCGGCCAGUCGCCAUAUCCCUUCGCCCUUACUCUCCGCGCUCAUCUUCCCGUUCCUACGUUUCCCUCCCCCCUCUUCUCCCCCUUUUCCAUCUCCGUCCGUCCGCCGAGCUGCGUCGUGACGAAAACGGUGUGAAGAAAGUGACAGAAGAGAGAGAGAGAGAGAGAAAGAGAGAAAGAAAGUGCGCGCGCUCGCGCGCGCUCUCGUGCGAUGUGAUAAUCGCGUGUGCGACUGUCAUUGAUGUACGAGGUGGUGUUGAAAACAAGGAAAACGACGUCGACGGCGACUACCGGGGCUAACUUCAAGCGGUGGCGGAGGAGGAGGAGGAGCACCGGCCAACCUAACCUAGUAGACGCGGCCGGAGCAGCGGGCGAGAGAGAUAGAGUGAGCGAGUGGAGCCGGAGACGCAACCCCCUGCGAGUCGCGGUGUAGGUGUGGUGGAGGUGGAGGUGGAGGCGGAGGCGGUCGAGAGAGCUUCAGGAUGAGCGGACGACCGAGAACCACCUCCUUCGCCGAGGGUAACAAGCCGCCCGCGAACCCGCCCCUCGGCGGCAUGAAGAUCAGCAGUAAUGCAAUGUACCCUGCAGGCAAGGAUGGCAGCAAGGUAACGACUGUGGUAGCGACUCCCGGUGCUGGUCCGGAUCGUCCUCAGGAGGUCGCGUAUACCGACACCAAGGUCAUCGGCAAUGGCAGCUUCGGCGUGGUGUAUCAGGCGAAACUCUGCGAUUCGGGAGAGAUGGUUGCUAUCAAGAAGGUUCUCCAGGAUAAGCGAUUUAAGAACAGGGAAUUACAAAUCAUGCGACGUCUUGAGCACUGCAACAUUGUGAAACUCAAAUAUUUCUUUUAUUCUAGUGGUGAUAAGAACGUCUUAACCGCGACUAAUCCGGUUUUUCACGUUGACAAGGACGAGGUUUAUCUUAAUCUAGUCCUGGAAUACAUACCCGAAACUGUGUACAAAGUCGCUCGACAUUAUAGCAAAAGCAAGCAGACGAUACCAAUCAGUUUCAUCAAGUUAUAUAUGUAUCAACUGUUCCGUUCAUUGGCGUACAUCCACUCGCUGGGUAUCUGUCACAGGGAUAUCAAGCCACAGAAUUUGCUUCUAGAUCCGGAUACUGGUGUUCUGAAGCUAUGUGAUUUCGGUUCAGCUAAACAUCUUGUGAAAGGCGAACCAAAUGUGUCCUAUAUCUGCAGUCGCUACUACCGCGCACCUGAACUCAUUUUCGGUGCUAUUGACUAUACUACAAAGAUUGAUGUCUGGAGUGCAGGUUGCGUGCUAGCGGAACUGCUGCUAGGUCAACCGAUAUUUCCCGGCGAUAGUGGUGUCGAUCAGCUGGUAGAGAUUAUCAAAGUACUCGGUACGCCUACGCGCGAUCAGAUACGUGAGAUGAACCCCAAUUAUACCGAAUUCAAAUUUCCACAAAUUAAGUCACAUCCUUGGCAAAAGGUGUUCAGGGCGCGUACGCCGCCGGAAGCGAUGGACCUAGUAGCACGGCUGUUGGAAUAUACGCCAUCGCUGCGCAUGACGCCGCUACAAGCAUGUGCGCACUCGUUCUUCAAUGAAUUACGUGAACAGGGCACGCGGUUGCCGAGCGGCCGUGAAUUGCCGCCACUCUUCAAUUUCACCGAGCAUGAGCUGCGAAUCCAGCCGAUCCUUAACAGCAUGCUGAUACCCAAGUACAUGCAAUCGGCCGCCGCCACCACCGGUACGGAGGGAAAUCCCGGCGGGGGCGGCGGGGGCGGAGGUGGCGGCCAGUCGGACGCCACGGGCGCCGCUGCCAGUGCUAGCGGUAACUCUAGUGAUAAUAGCGCCAGCAAUCCCAACACCACCACUAACACCACCGCUACAAACACGCAAAACACUGACCCCAGCCAAUCGAACAUGGCUUGAACCGCUUUACUCUAUCUUCUACUUUUCUUUUCCUUUUUAACGUUAUUAAAGAAUUGGGUUAUGACGUUGUUACGAUGGUAUGACGAAGUAAUCAUCUUCUGACGAGGAUGUCCACGUUGUAAAUGCGUUGUAUACUGCAUUGCGGAAUAUAUAGAUAUAAGAUUUUCAUCUUCUCUCUAGCGAGAAGUAGUGGUAGUACAGCGACGCGAUUCGGCGGAAUUAAGGCUUCUCGCCCGUCUCCGUAGGCACGUUGGACCAGGGGGUUCUGACUCUCUUCAUCUUAACGAAGAUGAAAAUUCGAUUAAUUCGUAAUUUCCAGAGGACGGAGGCAGAGCGCCAGUACUGUCGACUUAUUAUCUCCACUACUCACUGACUUUUUCGUUGUCAGUGGCGACUGCUUGACUGACUUAUUAACCAAAAUAUAUUGUCUGAAAAAUAUAUCUUGACUGCGAGUCUAUAGUGCAACUAGAUUAUAUUUCUGUAAAUUAGACAGCCAAGAUUCUUUUACCUCGAGAUUCGUGUCUAUCUUUGCAUCUGUUCCUUAUCUUUUUAACGAUAAAAUUGCUAUUCUUAUGGAACAGGCAUAUAAAAUCGAAUUUUAUGAUAGGAGAACGUUAAUCUAAUUUUGCGGAACUAUAAUCAUAUUUCAGAUUCGUAAAGACAUUUCUGGAAAACUGUAAAGCAAUCGUUAACAACAAGACGCACAGGAAAAAAAUUAUAUUAAUUUUAUAAUUGCAUGAGAUAUAUAAAAAUAGAAAUAUGUACACUCCUAGAAGAAUAGUGUCACGACUUAAAAAUUUAUAAUUUUUAGGAGAGAAGAAUAAAUUUAAUUCAGGUCUGGUAUGAUUCACUUGUCAAGCGACCGCAACCGAUUUAAAAGAAUAACGACACUUCUGCUCCAUGCGGCAGAAGUUAUUUCGCAUAUCGCUUGUGAUAUUAUAGCACGUAUGUAACAUUUUAGGCAUACUUUUUAUAGGCUUAAUUCAAAAUCGAAAUUUUUUGAGUUGUGGCAAUACUUUUCUAGGGGUUCGAUACAUAGAUAUGCGCAAGCGUAUAGUUUUCGCAACGUAAUAAGUAUAAAUUGUGUGUUCCAAUUAACUGCACACACACUUUACAAUGAGAAAGGAAGCUUUGACUGAUAUCUUCUGUCGUUAGCUCCUAGCUGACAUAAAAUCAACAAAGAUAAAGACAGAUCGGAAAAGCUUCACGUAACUUCUCUAACAUCGGUACAUGGCUAGAGAACGCGCAAUUUUAUUUAUUACAUCCGUAGAUUCCAAUAUAUAACAUUUCACAUCCCGUUUCUCUUUAAAUGAUCUAUUUUAGUUCGCUGCUUUUGAAGAAUUCGCUGAAAUUCGCCUUCUCUUUCCAGGAAGGGAGUUUGGACCCACUGUGUGGGCAUAUAGUAUCAAAAGUAUUUUACACAUUGAAGUAAAUUAACAUUUUCUUAUAUGCUACAACUUGUAUUUGAUAGAAUAGAUUUACGAAACACGCCGAGAAUUCUCAAUUUGAUAAAUAUCUGUUGAAGCUAGAUCUCAAAAUUCAUUUUUGUUACAGACACACGGAAUAGAUCUAAUAUUAAUUUAUAAUAUUUACCGAAGAGAAAGUUUCGGAAUUGUUCUCGAAAUUAUUCUGUCAGCUACGAAUUGUUGCGAAAAGCUAAUUUACUUCAGUGUGUGCAUGCGCGAACAAAAAUUUUGACAUUUUUUAUUUCUUACAUUAUAAACCGAUGUGGCUAUUAGGAGUCUUAAUUACGCUUCGUUGUUGUCGAAUCGAAUUCAGUGUAUAUAUAUAUGUGUAGGAAUUUGUCCCCCUUUAACUUUAAAUACCGCUAAAUGCGUUUACUCUAAUUAAAGGUAAACUAAGAGGAUGUAUAAUCUAAUGCGUUUAGUAAUGUCGUUUGCGUCGCCAUCAUUUUAUAUUUUAAGACAAAUUGCGAAAUCGAAGCUUGACAAAAAUACUUGAGGAGAAUGUGAAUGCUGAUAACGGAUAAAGAAUGUUAUGUUGUCUUUUGUAGACUAGACCGACGCAAUUUGACAGCGAAUGCUUAAUUAUACCCUAUGUAUAUAUAAAAAAUAAAUCCAUCUUUAACAUAUUGACUGUUAUGUUAAACCCAUUAUUUAUAUAUGAAUGACACUUUAUUUCUGCCAUUUAAAUAUGACAUCAAAUUUUCGUAACAAGCUAGUGUGCAAUGAUAUUCUACGAUAAAAAAAGUAAGUUAUGAAGAGAACGGGUUUGGUUUCCUAAAAAUUUUUCAUGAAAUUGAAUGUCAUUUAUAUAUAAGUGAUUCGUAUAAAUGACAUAGCAGACAGUGUGCUAAUUGAGAACGGCUAAA